AUGGCAGAAAACCAUGUGCAACCACCACAGAGGACACUGGGAGAUUACAUGAAUCCUGCUGUCAUUCCACCCAUUGGAAGUGUGGUUCGACCUACAGUAGAGUCCAAUAAUUUCGAAUUGAAGCCUGCACUGGUACAUUUGGUGCAGAAAGAACAGUUUGCUGGAACAAGUGCAGAGGAUCCAUACUUGCACAUUGAAAAUUUCUUGCUGUUAAGUGACACUGUGAAGAUUAAUGAAGUGUCCAGAGAUGCCAUUCUUUUGAGGCUUUUUACUCAUUCACUGAAGGAUGAUGCCAGGAGAUGGCUACAGUCACUACCACAAGGAAGUAUUACAACUUGGGAUGACCUGCAGACCAAGUUUUUGGCCAGAUUCUUUUCAGCAUCCAAGAGGGCAAAGUUGAAGGAUGAGAUUAUAGGGUUCAAGAAGAAAGAAUUAGAGUCUAUCUAUGAGGCCUGGGAGAGGUUCAAGACACUCUUGAGGAAAUCUGGUGGUUCAUUGACAACCAAGACUCCUCAGGAAGCCCUGGACAUCUUUGAGUCCUUAGCAUCUCAGGAGUUUGACAAUGCUCCAGUGAAUGAGAGAAGAAUGGGAAUUAUUAAAUUGGAUGGCUAUGAUGCUUUAUUAGCUAAGAAUGACCAGAUGCAGCAAGUGCAGAAACAACAACAACAACAAAUUGAUUCUCUCACUAAGCAGCUUUCUUCUCAUAAGGUUGCUUCUGUGGACACUAAUUCUGUGAGUGCCAGUUGUGAGAAAAGCCAUGUUACAGAUGAUUGUGAUUGUGGGAGACCUGCUGAACAAGCAGAAGUUAAUGGAGUGUGGUAUGACCAUAACAACCAGAGCAAUUACAACAACCAGGGGCGAAAUAUAAACCAGGAAGCAUCCAUCCAGAAUUUGGAGACACAGAUUGGUCAGUUGUCUAGGCAGAUAGCUGAGAGGCCACAGGGAAAAUUCCCUGGUGAUACUAUGGUGAAUCCAAAGGAGCACUGCAAGUCCAUAAUUACAAGAAGUGGGCUUGUGCUCCAACCGGUGAACAAGAAAGUGGAUGAGAAGAAAGUGGGAGAAAAGAAAAGUGAGGAGGAAGUUAUUGUCGAAGACGUUGUAGUUGAAAAUGAUAAAGAAGAGGAAGUUGAGGAAAAGAAGAAGGAAGAAGAGGUAGUGGUUGAAAAGAGUUCUUCACCUAAGAAGUUGAUGAAGUGGGAGAAGAAGAAGAUGGCUGACAAGCAGGACCAGCCAAUUAACCUAUCUUUUUAUGCUAAAGUGCCUUAUCCUCAACGGUUGAAGCAGGAAAUCCAGAAGCAGCACUAUGCAAGGUUUCUGGAUAUUUUUAAGAAGUUACAGAUUAACAUUCCAUUUGUUGAGGCCUGGAGAACAUGCCUCAUUAUGCCAAAUUUAUGA